CGUUUUCUUCUAAUUUCGUACUCUCAACUAACAAGCCUCUCAUUUCGUCAGAACUCACCAACAUACCCUUUAAUCGCAACCCAUAGUCUUUCCCGAUAAAUUCAGAACAAAGAGAAUAUCGAGCUUGAAUUCACAUGGAGGACUGAGGCAGAUAGAGCGCGAGGGGAGACUGAGAAGAAAAAUGGAAUUGGAAAAGGGAGUUCAGAGAUGGAUAGUUGACAUCUCAGUGUGGGAGCCAACUCCCCAGGCCUUUUCCUUCGCCAUGUCUUUUCUUCCGCAGCACGAGCAUUCUUCCAUCACUAGAUUUGUCAAUGUGGGAGAUCGCAAACGAGCUCUAGUGAGCAGAUUGUUGCAGUAUUCUUUGGUACAUCAUGUAUUGGGAAUCCCAUACAAUGAGAUAUGCAUUAGGCGGACUGUUGAGGGAAAACCAUAUCUGGUACUUGGAAGUGAAGUUGUGGACUUCCCAAACUUCAACUUCAAUGUCUCUCAUCAAGGUGAUUAUGUGGCAAUAGCUUCUGAACCAAUAUGCCUUGUUGGGAUAGAUAUUGUAGACCAUUGCAUCCCUGAGAAAGAAUCGCCAAAUAAAUUUAUUCAAAGCUUCUCAGUCUACUUCUCAGGAUUUGAAUGGAAUAACAUUUUAAAUGCUGGAUCUGACAAUAAAAUGUUAGGGGAGCUUUAUAGAUACUGGAGUUUGAAGGAGGCAUUCGUCAAAGCCAUAGGCAAAGGUGUAGGGCAUAGAUUGGACGAUGUUGAAUUUCAGCACACUUGUUGGGAAAAUAUUCUUGUCAGAGUUAACGGGAAAGUACUAAAAGAUUGGAGAUUUUGGCUUUUUGAGUUGGGAAAGAAUCACUUGGCUGCAAUUGCUAGGGGUCAUCCAAUGGAUGCUACCACAAGCUACCAAAAUAUAUUGAAGCGGGCAAUAUUUGAGAAGGAUGAAUACAAGCAAGGUCUUCAGCUUCCAAAUCCUGGACUUGCAUUGCGAAAGGUAGACGAGCUUUUUCCCAACCAUUGUGAACUAGUUAGAAUGCCUAUUGGCUUAGUGCAGAUAAGUGAUGAUGCAUUCGAGAAGAGUGAAGGAGAGAGCUCUCAGGCAGCUCCAUUGUGAUCGGGAGUUUAGGGGUUAGUAAGUUAGUUAGUAUGCCUACUGGCAUUCACUACCCCAUCCACAUGGGCAGAGCUGGGGCUGAAUUUAAAAAAAUUGUUUAAAUAUUAGUCUAAAGAAUUAUGUCAACAUAUUUAUAAAAAUUCUUUGCACCGACCCAGUCCGAUUUGCAGCCCGGCUACGCCACUGCCACUACCCGUCCUGGCCGUCCAUUGAUUAAUAUAUGAAAGAAUUGCAAAAAUUUAUAGAGUUUGCAUAGACAUUUCCAUCAUUUGCAAUGGAGCCAAAGAUUCAUUAUUUUUUGGCUUGAGAUUAUGAUGGAAUAAAGCAAAAUGGCUCACUAAACUGUCUGCGCUUCUUUGUUAUGGAGCAGCAGUCAAUCCAUGCAAUUUUGAACGCGAUUUCACUAUGGGUCAUCCGGAAACAACAUCUCUGUUCUUUAGUACAGGGGUAAAACUGUGUACAUCCGACCCCCCUUACUCCACCGUAGGGGUAAAUGAAAAUGAUGAUGAAAAUGAGAGUUUGCAUAGACAAAAAUAUUACCAUUUUGAAUUUGGACAAAAAUGUGACCAUUUAAAACACUCCCCAGCCCGUCAAUUUCUCUUCCCUUGCCCGGAGAAGACCAUCUCUCUCUUUGCACAGGACGGAGGACAGAGGCUUCUCUCUUCGCACUCCAUCUCUGCACAGGACGGAGGCUUCUCUCUUUGUACAGUCGGCACCAUCCUCUUCGACACUCCAAGCUGCCGGUUCUCCUCUCUGUUGCAUCUCGUCGGAGUUUCGUCGACCUUCUUCAGGUCAGCGAUGACCAGCAAGCGACGACCUGCCCUUUAUUCUCCUUCUUCUCCUUUCUUGACAGCAAAUCAGGGAUUCCAGAUUGAUUUUGAGGUUUUCCUUCUUAUUUUCAGAUCUGAGUUUCAGAUCGAAUUUGGGGUAGGGAUAGAGAGGUGGCUGGGAUGAGACUGAAGGUAGGGUGAGGCUUGAGGGGCCUUUGGUGCGACGUUGUUGGGUGGGGCUGUG